AUGAAACAGCGGAGAGUUAUUCAGGUCCUCAUCGUGUGGUUGUUGUUGUUGUGCUGCUCCGUCCAAGGUGGAAACGCCGCGCAGCAGCCGGCGAUGGCGCUCUUCGACGGGCAACACGGCCGUAUCAUGUCUCUCACGGAGUGGCGUGACAUUGACUUUGGGGGACGUAGCACGAUUAGCGGCCGGAAACAGCCUGCGAGCGUGUUUGCUAUCCAGGCAGCACUUACCGUCACAGGCGGCGUGAACAGUCCUACGGUGGAUACGAAAGGGUCGGAUGAUCUCUUGCUGAUCCCGUAUUGCUCUCCGACGGCUGAUUCCGCGACAGCAGGCGCGACGGAUGCCUGUUCGUUGCGCCACUAUGAAGGAUAUGUGUUGCUUCGCUUCCGUGGUGGCUGGGAAGGGGACUUUGCUGCGUCGCUGUGGCGGGAUUCUACUUUGGGCACCAACAUGAGGGUCGCGGUGCACCUUUUUCGCGCCCUCGCCAAUGAAAGUGGCAUCAACUUCCCGUUUCAAAUGGAUGGCUCAGCCACUGCGGGGACGCAUUCUGUGGGCGUUGUGCGCCGGCACGAACUCGUCGAAAACUGCGGUGAUUUCACGGACGAAUGCUUUCAGGGACGUUAUAUGACGUACACCAGAAGCUUCAAGGAGAUGCCUUUGGAUACUUUCACAGGAAGAAUCAUGUUUCACAUCGGGGCAGAGGGGGCAUGGAAUGGGCCGUGGACACUACGGCUGCAGAACUCGAUGCCACACGACUCCUCCACCGAUGUCGAUAUUGUGGUUGUCCUACUGGACAAUAGGGAAUCUUUCAGGUGGAAGACGUGGCUGCUGUCCUCGGUAAUGGGAAAUAUUGUCCUGAUGGCGUGCUGCAUCCUGUGGGUGGUGUGCUUCAUAGUGGGGACAAAGGAGUUGGGUAUGCGGUUGACGGAGUCCAUGCCGCUGAAUGAGCGGCGCCCAACAGUACUGUACACGGACGAUGAUUCUGACAAUGAGCGGUGCAUGAUGCUCCAUCGCAUCAUGCUGGCGGUGCUCGAGAGCUGUGUGAGGCUCGCUGCGUCUCUUGCAGCUGCGCAUCGUGCGAGUUGGAGGUGUCUCCGUUGUCCACUGCGGCGCCGCUGGGCGGCGAGCCGUGCGCACACCAGCACGACGGACGAGACGCAGGAUAUCGGUGCCGUCAAGAGUAACGCGCGCGAAGUGGAGAUGCAAAACCUAGUCGCUGACGACAAUGAAGGUGGCGGUGACGAGGAUGACGACACAGAGGUGUUCUGCCGUAUCUGCCGCUGUGAGAAGCCUGUAGAGGAGUUGUUCGCGCCAUGCUCCUGCGAUGGCUCUGCCAAGUACGUCCAUCGUAGCUGCCUGGCGAAGUGGCGGGCUAUGACCACUAAUGAGGAGCACCGACGUGCGUGCGCGGAGUGCAAGACGCCGUAUGUUCUGGUGCUGGAGAGGGUUCCUGUGUCACCUGAUGAAUUUCUGCGCAGCCCAAUAUGCGUGCCGGCGUGUCGCACCUUUGCUACUCGCGCAGCGGUGAUAUUGUUUUUUGCAUUUCAGCUGUGGUUUGGCGGGUAUUACCUGAAACUGUGCAUGUGGCUCGCCACUGGUCUUGACGAUGGUGUCAUCUGGUCUGCCGCGCAUUUGUACCACUGGGUCCUGGGGUUCUACUACCUCGUGGCUCUCUCUCUCAACAUAUAUGCCCUUGAGUACGUCCUUCGUGAUUUCUCCGAGUCAUGGCAGCAGUUGUUGAUUCUCUUGAUAUCUCUAGGCGCUGUGGAGGUCCCGCUUAGCUACGUGGGGCAGAUAUUACUCUCCUGGCUGCUCAGCAGGACAUGGUCAUUGGAGGUGUCCUACGGCCUAGGCAUCAUUACCACAGCCGUCUUAUACGUUGAGAUGCUUCCCCACCUGUACGAACACCUGCAGUCGCUUUCGACGGUGCGUGAAGUUGUCGCCCCACGCGCGGAACAGACGCGAAAUAGGGAAGUAUGA